CUAUCUAGGGCCGUUAAUUAGUCUGUCGCAGCACAGUUUGACGUUUUCAUCGGUUCCGAUAGCUAUUAAACGGUGAUUGCUCCGUAGUCGCUGUGAAUUCUGUGAUUUGUUAGAACAUCUAAGCACUGUCAAAUCUUAGCCAGGAACACAGCAAUGGAAACUCUAAGCAAAGAUCUAAUUGCACAACUUCGAAUGGGAUUUAAUGCCUUCGACAUCGAAAAGAAAGGUACAAUCAAAACUGAUCAGAUCACUGUAAUCUUUAGUAUGAUGGGGAAAACCAUUAGCAGUGAAAUUUUGGAUGAAGCUAUUGCCGAAGCGGAUCCAUUCAGUGCUGGAGAAUUAGAGUUUGAAGAAUUCGCAACUCUUGCAGCGAAAUUCAUCGAGGAAGAUCAAGAUGAGCAAGCAACACUAGCAGAAUUGAAAGAGGCUUUCCGACUUUACGACAAGGAAGGAAAUGGCUAUAUAACAACUGAAGUCUUUCGAGACAUUCUUCACGAACUAGAUGAAAACCUAUCCCCUGAAGAAUUAGAUAUGAUGAUUGAAGAAAUUGAUGCGGAUGGCUCUGGAACGCUGGACUUUGACGAGUUUUUGGAAGCCAUGACCAAAUGAAACCGUCGCACUGCAGCACAAUAUGUUUGUAAUUUUAUUCACGGAGGAAUUAAAAUGCAUAUUUCCGACGACUCUGUGAACGUAUAAUUUCACUGGUUUACUUAACAAACCGAUGCCACAAAACUCACGUUCCUGUGCAAUUUAAGUAAUGAUAAACAAGAUGUGUCUUUGGAACACCAUAAGUGACUUCGCACCUGUCGCUUUGAGGACAUUUUUGUUACAUGUAAUGGGCGCAGUUGUACAUUUGGCUCAGCAAAGUACUUGUACUUAUAGUAUUUAUCUAACAAGUAUCUUACAAGUACAAUUAUCAUCGCAUAAAAAAUAAAUAUGUUUA